UGUAUAUACUAUAAAACAUGUAUAUUUCCAAAUUGUAUUACAAUUUUUUUUCUGAGAAUUUUGAGACUGAUCAGAAGUGUGUUCCCUUUAAAAAAAACAAAAAACAAAAAUGUUGCCAGUUUGUAUGAUGGUUUCACAUCCCCGUUUGCUUUCUGCAGAUUUGGGUGCAGUUUGUCAUCUCUUUCCUCUUCCCCUAACUGGCUCCACCAGGCAUCAUGAGGUUUCUUAGUGACUUUCUCACACCUUUUGAUGCCUCCAAAGAAGAAAUGCAUCCACCAGGCUCACAAGGCACAACUGCAGUUCCUUGAAACCCCAAGAGAGGGGCCUAUGCAUCACUAUGGAUCUCCACUGCCUUUGGCUGAGAACCCAAGACAUGUUUCUACCAAACCUCUAGACCAGAAUGCCUCCAUGUCAUGGGUGUCGCCACAGUUUGAAAGCACUGUGUCAGCAGGCUCCAAGAGAUGUCAGAAGCAGCACCAUGUUGCCCGCAGCUUCCAGAGCUGGGAUGAUAGUCGUGGUUUCCUCAAUGUGGGAGGUGUGUGUCGGAAACACACAGUCUGCAAAUUUCCUCCUUUAAUGUUUGAGGUUUCACAGGCACACUCCUAUGCUGGAGCAAUAGGGUACUCAGACUCUUGUGGUAACCCAGGGAAUUGUGCAAAGACAUGCCAUAUCCAGCCAAAGAGGGGCACUGCAGCAAAGCCCAGUACCUCAGUGGGCAAGCCUAGGAGCUGUGGAAAAGGGGCCUCUCAGUUUCCUAACCAGGAUGCUGAGCCAGAUGUUUUCAGUCCACCAGAUCUACGGACUCCAGAGCUGCCCUCUGUGAGAAGCUAUGGAUGCAAUGGUACUUUACCACAGAUGAACACCCUCUCUCCAAAUCCACACAGUGGCCUUGAUCUCUGUGCUGAUACCACUGAGAGCCUUGAGCCAACAUCUGUACUGGUCAAGGAUACCCCAGAGCAUGAGUAUGGAGUGAAGGUAACAUGGAGAAAACGGUCUCACCUGAUGAGAUACCUGAGGGAGAAGGGGAUGCUGAGCCCAAGUGACAUCCUAGUUAAGACUGUAACUGCUGAUCCCAGUCAGUGCUGAUCCCUUU